AUGCCUGUAGAGACGAACAACUCCUUGAUGGACAAUGCAAAAGCUAUCGAUUUCUUCCGCAAGCUGGCUGUCACGCCGGGUAUUUUCCCAACAUCAGCCAGCCCUCUGUCCAAGGAUCUGCCUCCUGCCAACUACACAAAUCUCCUCACACGGUUCUACCAGAGUCUGCACACUUCUGCUAGUCGCCAUAGUAACGCUCCCACCCUCCUGCUCCCCCCGCCUAACCUGAUUCCAACAACCCGUUUUUGGCCAAGAGAGGAGAACGAGACCCCCCUGGACCUGAGCAGAAAUAGACAGCAGCAACAACAGCAGCAGCAGCAGCAGCAACAACCGUCCCAUCAUCUGCAUCCUCGCUGUCUUGUGGAUCAUUCACCACUCGAUUGGUCGUUCCUCGAAAACCAGAGGUCUGCCCUAGUCGCCAGUUUCACCAGCGCCCUCUCCCUGCUGCAAGCGGGGGCCAGUGGAGAGGAGAGAGUGGCCCCAGAGAGACGCAACUUCCUGCCCCCGCCGUCCAGAUUAGUCUCCAAGUUCCGUAUGAGUGUCUCCGCGAGUGCGCGACUGGAUAUCACGACACUACAGGCACCGUUGCCACCGCCGCCGGUCAAACGGGGACACAGAGGGGCGCAGGGCACGACAGGGAAGUCCCCGGUGUCGCGUUGUUUUGAAUGCAAGGCCCUCUUUCCUUCGCUGCGUGAGCUGAACGCGCAUUUUUUGCGCGAACACCAUGCCACCCUACAGCGUGAAUUCGCCCAGAACCGAUCCUGGAAGUCCUGCAGUCUGGAAAGCGUUUGUGUUCAGGUAGGCCUCCAUUCCGUACUAUGGGUGGAUUUUAAUGUCCCUUUGAUUCCUCCUCUCAGAUCUGUGGUUGUAUAGAUCUCAUUGCCUUUUUUUGAAACAACUAGGUCAGGUUCAGCUCUUAAGUCUUAACUGUCCGCGAUCUACGCAUAGCUAGGUAACUAGAGAAAAUAUGUUAGGAAGUACGAUUCAACUUCACUACCUUUCUUGCAUAUGAUAAUUAUAGUAGUGACUGCAACCGUCACAUUUGGUCUCUGAUCAUUGUGCCUUACAAAACUUGUCCGAAUAACGACAUAAUUCCGAAUAAGAUAUCCGACCCAAGUUUGGGACUGACUCUAGAGAGUCGACUCUUGAAGAUUUUACUUCCAAUUCCCACAUUCAUAUCUUAUUAAAUUAGUAGUACAUCAUUGAAGGCUGAAACCUAGUGGUCAGUCGCAAAUGUCCACCGAGGAGUCGAACUGAUCGCAGUCGCAUUAUGUGAAUGUAAAACAUCUGCGAAACGCGUGUCUUGGUAGGAAAUUAUGUGGGAAAAUGAGGUCGGUCUAUCCAAAACAAGUUGAAAAUCCAUGAGUACGCCUUGACUCGUCAAGUGUAUCAAUAAAACUCACUGGAGAUAGCAUACCAGUGUAAGUCAUCCGGCUAGGAAGAACAAGAACCGCCAGACCGACCGCCCGCCCGAAAAAGGUUCAAUCAGCUCCCCUCGACGGAGUGGUGACUCACAAAGCACACAGGCAAAAUGCCCGUGAACCAUCUUCCGAGAGGCCGAGGCAGCGAGAGGAGAGAAAAAUCGAUCAGCAUGAGACCCACCAACACAACAUGCCACUUUAAAUUAGAUUUCUGAUCGAUUAAGUGCAUUUUACGCUUUCACAAUGGAGAGGCGACCAAGUUCUUUGAAACGUCAGCGUUUAAAUAAACCUGUUCCGGAGAGCCUAUCUUCUUCUUCUUCUUCCUCAAAUAAUUACAACGAUUUGCCCGUUGUAGACAACGACGUCUACAGCUUUCCCGCGUGAUGUGCCCAACAUCGGUGACAUGCGCGUGAAUCUGUUCACAGUGGGCUAGACUUGCGAAGCAUCUACCGCACUCUCCCUCUCCUCAUUCACUUCGCUCCGACUGGAAGUUCAUGCCAAAAAGAUUGGAGGUGGGCGCGAAUGCAGUGACCCAAAAGCCAAACAACCAUCUACGCGUGCCCCACACGAGCUGGUUCCUGCCAUAUGCAUCCGGCUGCUGAAGGGGGCGCUUAGGUCCAGUCCCGAUGACUGCCACAAAGGUGACGUUAAGUUGGAGCCAUGGGGCCCUAAUUCUCGGUCCUGAGAACAACUGACUUAUAGCAUCAGAUGUUGGCCUUCCAAAUAAAGAAUCCUAGCACGUCCUGAUAGACACAGGAGCGUCAGCUUUAUUAAAGUGAGCAGUGCGCUGCUUUUCCGUGUCGACCUCCCCCUCUUCUCUCCCUCUCUCCCUCUCCCAUGCACCGGUCGACUGUCCGGCCCUCUGGACCAACGGGGGAUGAGAAUGGACAUAAUUGCUGGCGCGGCGGGAAAGGAAACGUCUAAGGUCUGGAAUGCGCGUGUACGACAGUAGUUGAGAGCUCGCGCGGAUCCGGCACGGUCCGAUAAACGCGCACCGUGAGCCGAACCGAUCCUAGUUCCGAUUCAAUACAUCCGCAUCGGAGCCAGUUGUGGAAACUAAACUAAAUAACGAGUACCAAAAUGUGAACAUAAGAGGGUCUACGACAAUCUGGCCAGUUGGGGACACCAACUUACUGACAAUGUCGACGAAUAGGAUUUUUUGCAUUUCGCUUGCCGGACGGCGCCGAAUUACUGAACCUAUGGCGACACAAAACUGACCUUUCGAUUUCACGCCAUUGUUUGCGCAGUUAUCGUGUGAUUUGAAUGCGGUCUAUAUGCGAAUGGAGUACGGCUUAAUUGCCAAAAUCGGAGGAGGCCAACGUUAGCGUUUUUGAGGUGUUUUCCUUCAUCAGACAGUCACCCUUUAACCCUAGAACAGCAGGACCCUGGAUUCGAACUCUGGCUCACUAGACAUUUAUAAUUGAGGCAGGCGUUUUCUAUACUUCAGCCUAUAAUCCCCACAGGCGGUAGUGCAGCGAUAAACAACCAAUAACCGACAAAUGUUAUUGACUCAGAUGUUGUAGAAAUAAAGAGUUCGAGUUCCGGCACCAGACUGUUCCUUUCUGAUGAUCGUCAUAUAACUGGUGAAGUGUGUAGAUAAACCAAAAAUGGUCAUUUCAAUCUCGCUCCUGUUUGUUGAUGACACUACCAGGUUACUGGUGAUAUAGUACCCAUGCCAUCACUUGGGGCGAUUCUAGACCGGACCUCCAAGGUUGAACGGCAUCACGCAUAUUACGUUCUAUAAGCUAGACUGACCAAUCAACACAGGUUAGCAAAAGUAAGAGAUCCGGGUCGAUAAUCUGAGGAAAAGGAAGUGCUCACCGGAUCGAGGGAUUUGAUUGGCUGACGUUUCGAAGAGCUUGGGCGGAACUCCAUUAUCAAAGUGUCUAGUGCAAAAAUCGAUCAGAAUUUUGGAUAGACAGCCGGAUUAGUUGGCCUUGGGCUGAUUGAUUUUUUUCUUCUUUCGCUGCCUUGGCCUACUGGCCGUCGCUUGUGAGUGUUGGUGGCCUCCUGUAUUGUGUGUCGUAACCUCAAUUGGGGUUAGUUGCAUUUGCGUUCCCUUUUGGGUGAACUGGUCGACAGGCCGUGUCUGCUCGGUAUUAUUAGGCUCUGUAUGAUUGUCUUGUCUUCUUCAUGGCUUAUGUAGCGGCGUAGGACUUUAUAGGCCGGAGGAAAGUCUAGAUACCUGUUUAUGGAGUUGGCAUCUGAGAACUAAGCUUCAACUGUGAAACGUUCUGUCCUUGAGGUGCCCCUGCCUAAGGCGGCUGCUCCUUGAAAAUCAAAACUGUGACCAGUUUCCCCGAUGUGAGCCACAAGCUGUCGGUUUGGGUCAAGUCUCCGAGUUGCCAGUUUGUGCUCAUGGAGGCGGAUCUGCAAUUUCCGUCCGGUUUCCUCAAUUCAGUUGCAUUCUCCAUCGUUACGCUCUACUCUGUAUGGCUGUGUCAUGAACUGAUUUUCGAAUUGCACACUUUUGCACAGCGCUCUUUGCUCGUUUGACACAAAGUCGGGAAAUAAGCGGCCGGCGGUGUGCGGGGAAGGGUCCUAUGACCUGCCUUAUUUUGCCAGUAGAGCGCAGACGGCAGAGCACGCAUACGACCACUUUGGUUUGAGUCGCCAAAUAUUACCUCAGUACAGUGGCUUGGGAAUAGAGCAUUCCGUAGGACCAAUAACCUGCCGGACGACCAGCUUCAUGGGACUGGAAAAGUGGGCUGCAGGCAAAUGACACUUCCAUUUCUAGCCGCUCAAAUCUGAGUACGGUGUCGGCGGUCCCAAUUGUCUGCUAACGCUCUUUAUUUCCAUUUGAAAUCGUCUCUAGCCUCUCUUGUACUAGGUUCAGUAGAGAAGCUACCUCAAGAAAUAUUGGCUUCGAUUAGAAAGGAUUACUUUUGCGGGUUGUAAUAUUAAUUAAAAUAUGUCAAAAUCUGCAGAUAUUUCGGUCACGUCAGGGUGCCGACUUCUGGACGGGCCUCCUUCUUGCCGUCCGAAAAACGGCACUUCGCAAAAUGACUACUUAAGUAGUACGCAUCUUCCCGAUUGAUUUUCGAUGUCCUCCUGAAUCAAAAUAUAUUUUUUAGAAAACAUGCGCGAAAGUGCUGUUUCUUAUGCUUAUUUGGUAGAAAAUUACGUCUUUUUCAGAUUGUAUAACCAAACAAAAGGACAUAUUUCGGCUUUAAAAUACACUUGGAAUUAUGGAUUCUUUCAAGACCGUAAAAUGCCAUGCAUAAAGCAUCGUAUCUGUCCAUUUAGUAUCGUGGUCGACAACCAUUGCCCAAUUUUAUGGGCCAUAUGUGGCAUCACCUUACUAGGUGUAGGAAUACAUUAUGUACCUUCCACGGAAAAUAUACCGCUUGUAGAUUAGAAGCCCAACAUGCAGGUGUAACGGUGGGUUGCGUUCAAAAUAAUUCGAAAAUACAGAAAAUUCUUGAAACCAGAGGAUACUGUUCUAGUAUAAAACUUGAAGAAAUAAUUUACUACCCAGUAACCGCAAGAAAUUAUAUUUUCAUGCAUGUAUUCCAAAAAUACAUGAAUUUGAAUUUAUAAGAACAUCAAGAAUCAUUGGGGAACAUUCAUAUUACUUAGGUAGUCAGUUUUUCUUAAUUCAGUACUUUCAGACGACUGGAAAGAAGCUCGCCCAAAAGCCGGCAUCCUGACUUGACCGAAGCAUCUUGGGAUUAUGCAGUAUACUACUUAAUAUUGCAGCCCUACUUGUGAAAUCUCUUCGAAUCAAAAACCCAUUUCCGAACUACGGUUAACAUCUUAUGAAAUGGCAUAUCUACACUACAUGCUUGGCUGCCUGAGAGCUACGUUAUCCAACGGUAAAAUUUCGUGACUUCAUUUUUCACUGUGGCCUGGGAGGUAUGAAUCGUGUCAUUCUCCUUUGGUUGCCAGACUUUCUAGGUACACGCCAAUCUCACCAUUCUUGUUUACUUCUGCUCUGUUCGCCAGGCAGCCUCAUCCCAGAAAAGUCUGCUAACUGCCAUAUAAAAGUGUUUAUGCAUUCGAGUUAACGCGCGAUUCUUACUGUCUCCAAGGAACUGCAGAUCACCCACCGAAAGGGCUCGCUGGGCCGCACAGGAUAUCCCUGUCCACACUGCGAAUACUUCGCCAAGUGGCCCACCGAACUGCAGAAGCACAUCAUGGUACACUCGAAGGAGCGACCGCACCAGUGUGUCAUCUGUGGUCUUACCUACAAAUGGAAGUGGGACCUGGGUCGCCAUUUUGACAAGUCGCAUCACCAUGCAGUGAACCCCUACAAGAAAACCGGGAUCGCCUGUGGUGCUGGCAAGUUCUCUGGGACACGAGAAAGGACGGGCAAAUCCUCCUCCUCCUUAAGCAACAAGGCUCUAGCCACCAGGCCCUCAGGCCUUGUGAAACGGGGUGUUCGCGGACGUCCAAGACGAUUAUGUCAGCCAGUGGAGGAGUUGAGACAUUCACUGUCCCGACAGAAGCUGGCUCAAUCCGGCUAUUGCUUGGACAUGUUCGAAACCAAACGUGAGACCGUAGCUCACUUCGCUGCUGGAGAGGCCAGUCAGAAAUUGCCACCGUCUUUCAUGAUGCCCCUGCAUCCCGUCUCCCUCGGGCUUCAGUUACCCCCUGCCGAAAUCCUUCUCAAACACAAUCGCCCGCUAGCGCGGGUGCUGAACAAUGCUACACUCCCCAACAGCGCGCGCUGA